GAAGUUGUAGACUAAAAUUUGCUUAGUCAUCUCUUUACACGACAAACACCCGUCAUCACGUGACCAGUUUUCUUGUCUUAUCCCGACCCAAUAAGGUUACCUAACCUACCUUAGAGGUACUUACCUAAUUCACCUGCAAACGCUAUUAGCCCAAGGCCGUCCAUACCUAUAUUUAUCUUCUCACUUUAACAACAAUAUUUCUUGCUCGAUACCAAACCAAUAUAUCAAGAUGGCAUCCCAACUUCUACCAUUAGAACUCAUCGACAAGUGCGUCGGCUCCAGGAUAUGGGUUAUCAUGAAGGGUGACAAGGAAUUCAGCGGAACCUUGCUGGGUUUUGACGACUACGUCAACAUGGUUCUAGAGGAUGUAACUGAGUUCGAUUACUCUGGAAACCAUACGAAGCUCUCCAAGAUCUUACUAAACGGUAACAAUAUAUGCAUGUUGAUUCCGGGAGGAGAAGGACCUGUGGCCACUUGAUGAGAACGAGGUUGGAUAUGGGAUAUCGUCUGGUGAAUCAAGUGCCUCGUAUAUCACGACAAGUGAGCAGGGAGUUAGGAAAUCAAUGGAAUUAUGGCGGUUAAGACGACCCUGAUAGAGGUCCCAG